CAGCAUUGCAUUGCAUCGCCGCAUGGCAUUGCUGCGUUGCAUCGCACUGCAGCGUUGCGUUGCUGCGUUGCUGCGUUGCAGGGCGGUGCUGGUGGAGAGCACCCCGCAGGGUUUGGUUCCGGGUCCCAACCCGUCCACGUUCUCGUCGUGGCUCGGCCUCAUCGGCGCCGCGCGGCGCAGCUUGGACAUCGCCUCCUUCUACUGGACCCUGACCAACAACGACACCGGCACCGCCGAGCCCACGGCCGCCCCGGGCGAGCGCAUCCUGGCCGAGCUCCUGCAGCUGCCGCAGCGCGGUGUGUCCGUCCGCGUGGCCGUCAGCGCCCCGACCCACACGGCCCCACUCAGCGACCUCCAAGCGCUGCAGCGCAGCGGUGAGCGCCGGCCCCACACCGGGUUUGGGGUGGGGUCGGUGUCCCCAUGGGUUUGGGAUUGGGGUCCACAUGGGGCUGGGCUGGGGUCAAUGGCCCAAGCCUGAUGCUGUCCCCAUGGGGCUGGGUGGGCUCAGU